UUCUACGUGUAAUGCCUGGCUCCUUCCCGUAGGGGGCGCCCGCUCCAUCUGGCUCCCACUCAAGAUUUUCACCGAGGCGACGUACGUCUUUAUUCACGGCGCCUGUCACAAUCGUAUUUCAACGAAAAUGGACGCGGGAUUUUUCCGCGGUACGAGUGCGGAGCAAGACAACCGUUUCAGCAACAAGCACAAAAAACUGCUAAAGCAGCUGAAAUUUGCAGAAUGUCUGGACAAGAAGGUGGACAUGACCAAAGUGAACCUAGAAGUCAUCAAACCAUGGAUUACGCAACGUGUGACUGAGAUUCUGGGGUUUGAGGAUGACGUGGUCAUAGAGUUCAUAUUCAACCAACUUGAAGAAAAGCAUCCCGACAGCAAGAUGAUGCAGAUCAACCUGACGGGGUUCUUGAACGGGAAGAAUGCCCGGGAGUUCAUGAGAGACCUUUGGCCCCUGCUGUUGAGCGCUCAGGAGAACAUUGCUGGCAUCCCGUCUGCUUUUCUGGAGCAAAAGAAAGAAGAAAUCCGACAGAGACAGAUUGAACAGGAGAAACUUGCCACCUUGAAAAAGGUUGACCAGGAUAAGAAGGACAAGGAGACCAGAGAAAGGACUCGAUCAAAGAGUCCAAGAAGAUGGAAGACGAGGUCACCAGGAAAACGCGAAAGGAAACGCAGUCCAUCGCGAUCCCCAGUGCGUAAACCUAGCCCGGUUGGUGGGGACUCUCCCCCUCCGCCUGUGGUUCAGUCAAACACUAAAACAUCAGAGCAGCCCGAGGAGCCGGACACAUCAGGAACAGGCCUGCCAGAGACGGUUAUCCAAGAAGCUUCGUCUACAGGAUUAAUUGAUACAGUUGUAGAGUCAGUUAAAGCAGACUCUGUGGCUGAAGUCAAAGAACCAUCUAGAGAAAAAUCCCCGAAGAAAGAGGAACGACCAAGAUCUCGUGAAAGGGAAAAGGACUCUAGGAGGGAAAGGCCCCACCAUCGCUCACGUUCUCACUCUCGUUCCCGCAGACGACGCUCUCGGUCUAGAUCUUACUCCCCUCGUAGAAGGCAAAGUCCCAGGAGGAGAAUGUCUCCUCGACGAAGGAGUCCACCUAGACGUGGCCCCACUGGCUCCAGGCACAGACACAGACGGUCCCCUAUUCACAGGCGACGUUCCCGUUCUGCUUCAUCUUCUGGUAGCAGCUCCUCUGGGUCACGUUCACCUAAAAAACCUGUAAAAAGAAUAUCUACCACACCACCCCGAAAACAAGCCCAUCAUCCCGAUGUAUCUGUAAGCCCCGCUAGGAAAGAAAAGAGCUCGCCUUCUCCUAGGGCCAGGAGAGGCCGGGGCUCUCCUUCCCCUCCCAGAUCAUCAGGACUGAAACGAAAACCUGGAGGAAGGGAUGAUUCUCCUCCUGAUUUUGUGAAGGCCAGAACAUCUGAAGGGUCUGAAUCAGAGGAGGAUAAAAAUGAGAAAGGGGCAACAGCAGAUUCGGUGCAGCAGCGACGUCAGUAUCGCAGACAGAAUCAACAGUCUUCUUCAGAUUCAGGAUCUUCGUCCUCAGAAGACGAAGGACCAAAGCGGCCGACAGCGGGGCCAGGCGCCAGAAAUGGUGAAGUUAGAAGGAAACGGAGCCGUACACCCUCACCUCGUAGGCGGCAUAGAGACCCCUCCCCAAGGAGGAGACGUUCUCCAUCUCCAGUACGCAGACGUCGCUCUCCUUCCCCGCCACGACGUCGGAGAUCUCCCUCCCCUCCUAGACGCAGGUCUCCUUCCCCUCCUCCGCGUCGUAGGUCUCCGUCUCCCAGGCGUUAUUCUCCUCCUAUCCAACGUCGCUACAGCCCCUCACCUUUGCCCCCACAGAAGAGGAAGCUGUCCAAUUCCCCCACGAAACGCUUUUCUCCUGGUCCAAAGCGGCGCUCCUCCAGGUCGCCUAAACGUAGAAGUUCUCCUCCUCAGCGGAGACGUUCUCCUCCCUCCACUGUUUCUCCUCCGAGACACAGGAGGAGCCCGCUGUCUGCCAGGCCAAGCAGGGACACUCGAUCCCCUGUUGGAUCUGCUAGAUGCCUCUCCAGGUCGCCGGCGAACCGCAGUCGCCCUAUUAGGCGAUCCACUAGUCCCCAAAGACGCUUUCAAUCUCCCAGCAUGUCUCCGUCCAACCAGCGAAGACAGCUGUCCCCUCCACAGGGCAGUAAACUCAUCCGCAGGGUGUCUCGCACCCCAGAGCCACGGAAUAAACGAAUCUCUCCCAGUCCAAAGCCGAUAAGGAGAGCAUCCUCCAGAUCACUUUCCCCUCAGCCUGCAGCUCAGAAGCGUCCAGCCUCUGCCUCCCCCUCACCUUCUCGCUCUGUGAGUGGGUCUCCACCACCACCCCCUGCUAAAAAGGCUAGCAGUGCUUCUGGCAGUCAGUCUCCAGGAAAGAACUCUGAUGUGGAUGGUGGUGGGAAGAAAAAGAAGAAGAAGAAGGAAAAGAAACAUAAGAAAGAUAAGAAGCACAAAAAGCACAAGAAGCAUAAGAAGGAAAAGAGCAGUGCCGCUGUGACCAGCGACGUUCAAGAAAGUCGGGCUGCAGAGGAGGAUGGUGAUUCAAGAAAGGUAAAGGACUUGUAGGAAUCAGAGAGCGAAGUUGACGACAGCUUAGAUGAUCUGGAGAAACACCUCCGAGAAAAGGCCCUGCGCUCAAUGAGGAAGGCCCAGCUGUCUCCCUCAGAGAUGUCCUGAGAACAAGACGCCUUUGAGUUUUCCCUUUCACUUUCGAUGUUUGUUAUCAUCUUAGGUUCAGCUUAAGAAUGUACAAAUUGUUGAUCCUUGGUUCUUUUUACUGGUUUGGUACAUUCUGAAGAGUGAGUUUCUUUAAUAAAUGAAUCCAUUAGAUAGUUUAAACUGUAAAACUUGUGUUGUCGACAGUUUAAGAACAUUUUAAUUUCAGAGGUUUGAGUUGGGCAGGUUAAUGAUGCGCGUUGAUGUGCAGUCGUACAUUUGAGAAAGGAUUGCAUGUGUGUUAAUAUGUCUGAUGUGCAUGGACCGCUGACCAUAUGAUGAGUGAAGGGGAACUAACACCACUCAAUAAGAUACUGUUACCCAGCGUCAGGGCCCUGCUCACCCAAGAGACUUUAAAUAUUCUGACUUUCCUGGGUUGUUGGAACAUCAUUUAACCUGCUUUAUUCUGACUUUGAAAUUGUCUUAUUUGAAAAUAAAAGCAAUUAAAUGUGAUUCAGGCUUUUUUUUUUUCUAAAUUGAUCGAUAUGCAAUUUGUGUUGAUACCCCUGAACAGCUGUUUUCUGUGGGACUGCUAUAGUGUAUGAUUUGUAUUUAGUAGCCUUUUCUCUUGUCAUCCUUUCAGAAUUAAAGCUUUUUUUAAGACUGGG